UCCUUCUCCCUUACCUAACAUUAGUGGGUGUCGCCCGCAAAGUAAUGAUCACAAUAAUUUCUUGGGGCCUGGGGUCAGAAAAAGCCAGCAAUCAGCGACCCAGAACAAAAGAAAUGGCCAGCAAAAGUGUAUUAUGAGCUAAAAAAAAGGCCCUAGAGAGCCUGCUAUGGAGGCUAGUGUUACCCCUACAAAGAUAAGCUAUGAUCUCGAGCAAUUUAGUCUAUUUAGUCGAUGGACACUCGAAAAUCUGAUGUUUUGUUAAUUUGAGAUGUAUCACAUGUCGGACAACAGUGACGGCCGGGGUGCCUUUGCUGCAAAGUGUACUUUGUUCUGUUUGUUACGUCAGGGUCAUGAAUUCAAAAGCGUGCGUAACCAAAGAUGCUUCCGCCAUGACCUUGUUGAGCGCAACCGCAUUACGUGAUCGGCGUACAAAAUUUUGCAGGUGCCGUUACAUUAGCCGGGAUUAGGUAGACAACUUGAUCCCUCCAAUGUCUGCUCACAGCGUUGUCGUCAAGGUUUAGUACCGUUUUAGAAUAACAACCAUCCUGUUCGUCACAUCUGGGCUGUCUGGUGGAUCUUCGACAUACAUUUCUCAGCCUUGUUUCGGACGCUCAACCGUGUCGAACAUUUCAACAUGGCGGAAUCGAAACUUCUGAAUCGGCUCUCAGAAGACUUCCUCGAGUGUCAGAUCUGCCUGCAGCCCUACCGCCGGCCCAAGGUACUGUCUUGCCUUCAUUCCUUCUGCCAGCAGUGUCUUAAAGAGCUUUUGAAGAAACAAAAGGUCAAAACCGAGCUAGAUUGCCCCACCUGUCGCAGGAAGACUUUACUUCCGGGUGGCGGGGUCGCGGAAUUGAAAGAUAAUUUCUUCGUGGAGAGCCUGAAGGACACGGUUGACGUCCACAAGAAGCUGACUAAUGAAGGAGAGAGUCUGGUCUGUGGUAGCUGUGAGACCAAGUCAGGGGCGGAGUCAUUCUGUACGGAAUGUGGUGAGAUUUUGUGUGACGAAUGUGUAGCAAUUCACCGUCGUCUAAAGGUCACUAGAGGUCACCAGGUGAUCGGCGUAGAGCAGCUCAAGGCCGAAUCCGACACCGUUAAGAUCAAGCCUCGUCCCCUGCCACCGUGUAGGAUCCACUCACAGGAGACUCUGAAGUUGUUCUGCGUCGACUGUAGCGAGGCUAUUUGUCAGGUAUGCACCGUUCUGUCACACAAAGAUCACAAGUACGAGUAUUUCACCGACACAGCUGCGAAGGCAAAAGAAGACAUACGCGCUCUUCUUGCGAAAACAGAGAAGAAAAUGCUGGAUCUUAAGAAUGCUGAUCAACAGGCGAAAGCACAGAAGACCGAUCUCGAGAAAAAUGUCUCCGAAACUAGUGAAAAGAUCAAGAGGAAAGCAGAGAAAACUAGGAAGGAGUUAGUUGCCCUUGUCAAUCAACAAGAGACCGAGUUACUGAGUUAUGUAAACACAGUGAGCCAGACCAGGAGUAAGGAGUUCUCCACCACUAUAGAAGAGAUAGAAACGACGACUGUGGCGUUAGAGAGCGCGGCAGAGUUCGGACGGAACAUCGUGGAUCACGGAUCGGAGUUUGACAUCAUGGCGGUCAGCGGAGACGUGAACAGCAGACUAAAGAAACUGUUACAGGUAGAGCUUACCAACAUUACAGAUGAAUUACCUGCGAAGGCUUACAUCGCUUUUGAGGAGAAGGAGACGUCAAACAAGUUGAAGCCUUGCAUGGGAGAAGUCAAGACAACGCAGGAUUCAGGUUUCCGUACUGCCCGUUUCACGACCCUCGGUACCACCGGCCGUCUGGGCCCGACCAGCCUGGGGACCCACUACCGCGGACAGGACCACGAGGGGCUGGUGCAGCUGAAGGACGGGAUUCAGUACUUCACUGUACCGUAUACUGGGCAGUACAGGGUAGAGGCGGCAGGUUCUGCUGCCGGUUGGGGUGUAAACGAUCCCAAGUCCGCCAGAGGGCGUGGUGCGGUAGUCAGGGGGACCUUUCAACUGCAGAAAGGUGAAGUGUUGAAGAUACUUGUCGGCCAAGAGGGAGGGGAGAACAAGCACAGCGGUGGGGUCGGUGGUGGAGGCGGAACCUUCGUCACCAAGACGGACAACACGCCGCUGAUCGUGGCGGGUGGUGCGGGGGGAGGGCAAAACAUGAGAAAAAAGAACUCCAACAGUGACGGUACAACCAUGACAACAGGGCAGCGCAGCGCAGGUGGAUGCCCUAAUUUUGGAGGAGGUACUGACGGAAAAGGCGCCACAGAAGGGUGUGCUGACCAUGUAGGUGGGGGAGGCGGGGGGCUCCUAACGGACGGCGCGAGCGGGAAAGUUCACUUUGGUGGCACUGAUGGAAAUUAUGGGGGUGAGGGUGGGAAGGCUUUCGUGAACGGUGGAGUGGGUGGGAGGGGGGUGUUAAACAAUGCAGAGGGCGGGUUUGGAGGAGGGGGAGGGAGUUACGGCCGGGGAGGUGGGGAAGGAGGAGGGGGUGGGUACUCAGGAGGAGGGAGGGGGGGAAAACCACGUGGUGCCUGUGGCGGUGGAGGUGGCUCCUAUAACUCAGGAUCAGACACUAGUGGUGAAGGAGGGACCAAUGACGGGGCGGGCUGA